GUUGCCAAGCUUAAAUCUUAAAGUUAAUCUUGACUUGACAAAAAAACAACCAAAAGACAAUGAAUUUAUAACCAUGUUAACUUAAGUCACUUUGCCCUAGAAAUUUGUCACAGUUACUCAAUGUUAUGCAGGAAAAGAGAAAGAAGAAGACCUAUACCAGUGUAGAAUUUCAUGAACUGACGGCCCUGCAUCCCUUUGAUAUUUCCCACUGCCCUUGAAUGCCUAGUCUGUACGGAGACAGAGAGCAGCGGCGGCUCCCUGCGGAGCAGCGCUGCGAUUGGCCAGAGCGGAGAGGGGGGAGGGUUUUUCUCCCCCCCUCCUCGCCUCACUACUGGUGUUGUUUCCCUCUUCUGCUGCUUUCCCCUCUCCUCUCCUCUCCUCCCAUCCUAGAGGACAGAGCGAUGCGGAGACAAUAGGACGCAGAGCCGAAGGAGUCUGAAGGAUGCUCGGCGCCACAUCCACCGUCACACGGCUGCACGGAGGCUUUUCACAGGAUAUCAGGCUUUUCUCCUGGCUCACCUGGCCCUCUUAUGCGAUCAGAUUAUCCCGUGUGUUUACCAGCAGCCUGGGCUGACAGGGCAGACUCCACAGCCUCCAUAUGGGAACCAACUGAAGGUGACGCCAGCUGUUAGCUGCUGCUGCUCUGUCCCACCUGAGCAUCUUUUCCCCAGUUCUUUCUCCUGGUCCAUCCCCAAAAACAGUCCGCAGCAUGAGUUCCUCUCCGCUAGUGUCUCGAGCCAACGUGGACAUCCUGGAUGAGCUGCAGCUGAUCGCAGCCCAGAAUCUGGAGAGAGUGGAAGUCAACAAAUAUUAUGAGGUGAUCAGGGAGCUGGGCAAGGGCACCUACGGCAAGGUGGACCUGGUCAUCCAUAAGAUCAGAGGUACAAAAAUGGCACUGAAGUUCCUGAAGAAGAAGACAACCAAGCUGAAGUCAUUCUUGCGGGAAUAUAGCAUUUCACUCUACCUGUCUCCAUGCCCUUUCAUCAUUAACAUGUUCGGCAUCGCCUUCGAGACAGACGACUACUAUGUGUUCGCCCAAGAGUAUGCUCUGGCAGGAGACCUCUUUGAUAUCAUUCCUCCACAGGUUGGUCUUCCUGAGGCAGUUGCAAAGCGCUGUGUGCACCAAGUAGCCAUUGCCUUGGAUUACCUGCACUGUAAGAAGCUGGUCCACAGGGAUAUCAAGCCUGAAAAUAUCCUGAUCUUUGACCGGGAGUGCCGCAAGGUCAAGCUGUCGGAUUUCGGCAUGACCCGCCGAGCUGGCUCCCCUGUGAAAAGAGUGAGUGGCACCAUCCCCUACACAGCCCCAGAGCUUUGUGACGUGUCCCGCCACGAGGGUUUCUCUGUGGACUACAGCACUGACGUUUGGGCCUUCGGUGUGCUUCUCUUCUGCAUGCUGACUGGCAACUUCCCCUGGGAGAAGGCACUGCCUUCUGACUCCUUCUACCAGGAGUUCAUCCGCUGGCAGAGGAGGAGGACGAACACGGUGCCGUCCCAGUGGAGGCGCUUCACUGAGCAGGCCCUCCGCAUGUUCCGCCGGCUGCUCUCUGUGGAACAGGACCGCCGCUGCUCCGUCAAAGAGGUCUUUGGCUAUUUCAGCCAUUCUUGGAUGCUGGACGCAGAGAACAACAACAAAAAUUGCAAUGGCAACAGUGGAGGUGGUGGAGAGAGGGUUGUCGGUGGAGGAGGAGGAGGAGGAGCAGGAGGAGGAGGGGUGAGGGGAGAGGUGGACGGUGUUAUCUCUUCAUCUUCGUCCGGGGAGGAAGACGAGGAACUCCUUGUGGAGAGGAUGAAGCAACAGACUCUCUCCCCACUGUCGCCUCUCUCUCCCAUGUCUCCUGGGGCAGUGGAGAGGGCGAGCGGUGGUGGCGCGAAGGGCGGGAUGAUGGAACCGGGCGGCGGCCACCAUUUUGUGUCCGUCUCCACUAACAGCUCUGUGUCGUCCACCAACAGCUACGAUCGAAUGCCACGGGAAAACAGUUCACCUGGUGGUCGCAUGCUGGUGGCUACACCUAUUGAAAUCUGCGUUUGACUGCAUUAAUGUUGUCACGGACUCACUGGUACACACUUUUAUACCUCUCAUCCAACCACAUAGAUGUGCAUGCUCGGAAAAAGAAACAAACUGACAACAAGUACUAACACAUAUCCUGUUCUAAACGAAAGGAAGGGCAGACACGGAAGACUUACCAGAAAGUAUUUGAAGAGUGCGUACAUUCAUCAUGAGGUAGAGUUUUUGGUCACAAUGGAGUCAAAAGACUCCGUGAGAAGCCCCAUUUAUACUUUGAUUCCGAUGUUGUGUGCAAAAGCAGUUUCGUGAAACCCAGAGGAAAAAUGAAAAAAAUUGCUUCCAAUAGAGAUUCUGUCAAUGAGACUAUCUGAAAAGAAGACCAAAAUGUAUUUCUUAAAGCAAUACUUGAAGCAAAAAAAAGCAAAAUGAGACACAAAAGGGGGAGAGUGCUGUGUGAUCUCUUCAGGACGUGACCGCUGUCAUUUUUGAAUGAAGCCAAGGGACAAAGAAUUUGUAUUUUUGGAGAAGACUCAAAACAGAGUUCAAGGAAAUACCUUGUAAGAUAAGAACGACUGAAUCGCGGUGUCGUAUCAUGUGUAACAAAAAAUGUGAACGCGUGAGUGUGUUUGGUGUGUGUACCACUGUGCGUGUUUUAAAUCCAAAAGAAGCGUAUUUAUUUUUGCUUUGAGAAUUUUAUUAUUCGUUUGAAUCUAAAAAGACUACACACUCUAUUUUUUCUAUUGUUUUUUUUGUAACACAGCUUUCUUUCUUUUUCAUUAGACUUUACAUUGUAUUUUGGUGUUCUGGCAUCACUGUGCCAAAUUCUCACAGCUGUAACAAAUGUGCAACACAUUUGCUUGGCUGCUGUACAUAUUGGUAUGAAUAGCUACAUAUCGUGUCUGAGGUUUGACCGGCGGAAUAUUUCACGGCUAUCGUCUGUAAACCAGUAUGUCCCUGAGCGACAGACUGAGAGAAAGCAAAUAACGUCUCUGUUCUCCAUGUCAAACAUAUCUACUUCACUGGUGAAAGACUAUUUUCUACUCACUCUCAAAAAUCUGUUUGUAUGGCUUCUGUUUUCUUUGAAACGUUUUUCAGAAUAAUUCUGUUUGUAAUUGCUUGUUUUCCUCGAAUCCUUAAGCAAAAUGUAUUGUCUGAAAAGAAAAGAGAAGAGAUCACUUAGCAUUUUCAACUCAAUCUGAAGGAAAAAAAAACACAGAAGAUGUCAGAAGAGUCGCCUUUUAUAAAUUUGCAUGACCAGUAGCUCAAAGUUAUCUUUAUGAAGAAUUUGAACCAGCUUUACAAAAAAUACGGAGAAAAAAAAGGAUAAAAAGAAACGUAUAAUGUCGUGAUGUGAAUUUUUUGCCGUAGCACAAUUUCCUGCAUUAUGUCCCUGAGUGAAUAUUGCUGUCAUGAUCUCUUGAGACAUCCUAGGGCUAAAAAAAAAAUCUGAACAAUAUUCUGUGUGUUGUAUUUGUAAUGCUAUUUGUAUUGCUAUUAAUGCUGUGUACUCAUCUCACCACCUUCAGGAGCAGAAAAAAAAAGCAAAGCAUGAGGACAUAGAGUGAGAGGCUUGAAUUCAAAUCACAGGUAGGGAAUUAAAUGAUUUAAUCUUUUAUUUUUAAAUUGCCACCUUUAGAAAAGUAAUGUGAUGUAAAUUUUUUUUUGUUUUUUUACUAUGAUAGAAUCACCAGGGAAAAAAUUAUCCAUUACUUUCUUUGACUAAACAUUACUGAAAUAAUUACCUCCAUAAAUAUCCAAUUACUACCCUUUAUUAUACCUAAAUUUGAAAAGAAAAAAAGCAGUGGAUUAUGCAUAGGAAUGGGCAUUUUGUGUGUUGCUUUCCAGACACGAGCCUGCAUGAACUUGUAUGUGCUAUAGCUCUGUUGUGAAAACCUAGUGUUUUUCUCCUGUCACAAGCUGUAGUACUGUGUAGAUGUAGUGUAGCUGAAAACAACAUGUUUCUUUAUCUUGGGAGGGUCGGUAGCCCCAGCUCGGAUCAGCUCAAACUCUGUUCUGCCCUUAAAGAAACCGUUUGCUGCUCCCAGAUCAGCAGGCGAGUAUGGAAAUUACUACAUCUUGUGACAAUCUCUGACCUCAUUGGCAGCCUUCUGACUCAGAACAAAGGACAGUCCUGAUACAGAUACUGUAGCUGUGGUGUUUUCUAUAGCUGCUUGCUCUCUAUAGGCCAGCUGCAAGCAGCACUUACUCUGCAGCGUUUAUAGCACAUCGCAUUUAACUGGGGAGGCAUCUCACAUGACUGUAUGAAGACGAGGUCUUUAUUUUCUGCAGUUUUCUCCUUAGAAGAACUCUCAACCCUGUCGUAUCCAGAAAACCAUAAGAUCCAUUAUAACUCAAAUGAGAAAUUCCAAAAAUCAUUUUUUGAAAAACAAAAAUGAAUCAG